UGGAACCUCCCCUGCUAUAAAAGACCAAGUUUUGAUUAGGGUUUUUCAAAACCACUUGGGAAAACAAAAAAACAGAAAUCAAAUUUGUUAUUGGGUGGCCAUAGCUUAAAUACCCCUUUUGAGCUCACACACCAACACCACUUACUCUUUGAGUCUUUCUUUGAAGACAGUGAGAGAAUCUCAAUUGAAUUAUGGUGAGACAUCAUCAUCAUCAGAGAGAGGUCUCUUCAUCAUCCACAGCAUGUAUGGAGGAUGAAAUGAAUCACAUGAAGCCUGCAUGGCUACAAGGUUUGAUGGGGGAGACAUUCUUUGGUGGUUGUGGGGUCCACGAGAACCGCAGGAAGAACGAGAAGAACGUCUUCUGUUUGCACUGUUGCCUCUCUAUUUGCCCACACUGCCUUCAUUCUCACCGUUCUCAUCCUCUACUUCAGGUUAGAAGAUAUGUGUACCAUGAUGUGGUUAGAUUGGGUGAUCUUGAAAAGCUCAUCGACUGUUCUUAUAUUCAGCCCUAUUCCAAUAACGGUGCCAAAGUGAUAUUCCUGAAUCAGAGGCCACAGUCAAGGCCACUGGCGAGGACUAAUUGUAACAAAGGCUUUGCUGCCAAUAUCUGUUUCACCUGUGACAGGAUUCUCCAAGAGCCAUUCCGCUUUUGUUCUCUCUCAUGCAAGGUUGAUCACUUGGUGCUCCAAGAGGAAGAUUUAUGCGGUAUACUCUACCGUUUUGAUGAAUCCGACUUCACAAUUUCUCAAUUCGAAGGACUACGGAUGGAUGGCUCGGAGGUGAUCGAUGACGAUGGCCAAAUGAUGUCUAGCUCUAUCCUAGAGGACCCUGAAAUGCAGUACAGAGGCUCAUCAUGCUCCAACAACAGCGAUUCGGUAAUGUCACGUGAACCGGAGGUCGUCGACAAGAAGAAGAAGAAGAAAGGGAUCCUCCCAGGGAUUAUGCUCUCCCUCAGCAGCAGGAGAAAGGGUGCUCCUCAGAGGGCUCCUCUUUCUUAAGUGAACAGACUACGGAAGCAGUAAUAAUAAUAAAUGGUUUUAGGGCUUUUAAUUAUUGGCACCAUCCUAUGAAAUAUGUUAUUAACUAGGUACUAAUUCUAAGGUUGGUCCGGGGUUAAUAUAGCUUUAAUUUCUGUAAUGUUAUUGUUUGUAUUAGUGAGUGUUAAUUACGGAGUAAUGUGCAUGGGAGCAUUUCCAUUGCUUGGCUUUAGGUGGCUGCAGAGAGCUAGAUAUUGUCUGAUUAUCUGAAGGGUUUUCAGGCUCUCAGCCCUACCAAUUUUGUAUGUAAGCUGACGCAAUGGACCUUGCUG